CCCCUUCAGUCAUCUUCUACUCUUUCUCUCUCUCUCUCCUCUAUAAAAGCAAAGCCAAUCCAACCAACCCUUUCUCCCUCUCCCACACCUUUUUUCCCACCAUGACUGACCCUUACUCCUCAAAUCUCUACUCCCAAUGGUUCAAAUUCAACUCCCUCCACCACGACCACCACUUCUCUUCUUCUCUUCCUCCUUCAAACCCCCCUCCUCCUCCUCCUUACACGACCACCCACAACUUCUACUCACAUCACUUUUUCAACCCCAACAACCCAAAUAUUCACCAACACACCCCACCUCCUUCCCCUCCUCUCAGAGAAGCCCUCCCCCUCCUAAGCUUGAGCCCAUCGAAAGCAGAUGAGAGAAAACAAGAACCCUCCUCUUCUUGUUAUUAUGAUGAAGAUGAGGAUUUAAGUGUCACUGUGGCACUGCACAUAGGGCUGCCAAACCCUAGUUCUGCUGAUCUGGCUAAUUAUUCCAUGGUUUCUUCUUCUCCUAAUUCUACCACUACUGAUCAUGAUCAUGGAGUCGUUAGUAAAGGUAUAGGAGGAGAGAGAGAGAGUGAGGAUUUCAAUGGGUACCCUAUGAACAGACUCAACAAAGGGCAGUAUUGGAUCCCUACUCCUUCUCAGAUUCUCAUUGGUCCUACUCAGUUCUCUUGUCCUAUUUGCUUCAAGACCUUCAACAGAUACAACAACAUGCAGAUGCAUAUGUGGGGGCAUGGAUCACAGUAUAGGAAAGGGCCAGAAUCCUUAAGGGGAACUCAACCAACAGGCAUGCUCAGGCUUCCUUGCUAUUGUUGUGCACCAGGCUGCAGGAACAAUAUUGAUCACCCAAGAUCAAAACCACUUAAAGAUUUCAGAACCCUUCAAACUCACUACAAGAGGAAGCAUGGAAUCAAGCCAUUCAUGUGUAGAAAAUGUGGAAAGGCAUUUGCAGUGAGGGGGGAUUGGAGAACCCAUGAGAAGAAUUGUGGGAAACUUUGGUACUGCAUUUGUGGGUCUGAUUUUAAGCACAAGAGGUCCCUAAAAGACCACAUUAGGGCUUUUGGGCAUGGCCAUGCAGCUUAUGGGAUUGAAGGUUUUGAGGAAGAGGAUGAACCAGCAUCAGAAGUAGAACAAGAUGAUGAUGAAUCAAUGCAGUCAUAAAGAGGGAGAUAUGGGUAUUUUAGAUAAUAUAUUCAUGACUUACUUCAAGAGCUAUGGGAUGAGGAGAAUUAAUUAUAAACCAAAAAUCCUAUAAAUUGCUCGGAAAAAUACCCAGAAAAGAACCAGAAACGAAGUGUAUGGGAGUUAGAUCCAACUUUGGUGCGAUAAGACUUACGAGCCACUCCGAAAUAAUUUGGUUCAAGUCGCGUGCUUCAUUUUUCUGAGUACUUUUCUGGGUAUUUUUUGUGGGUUCAAAGCAAUUCUGAUUAUUAUGUACCUAUGAUUUUCGAAGUAGGACUAGUUUAAGCAUGAAUAUACUUGUGAGAGCCACUUUUCUCUGUCUUUGUGGUCUUUCCUUUGCAAUGUAGAAUCCAGAAAAGAACAUCCUAACUAAUGAAUGUUUCAGAAAAUUCAGUUUGCUUUCAGCACAUAAUAAAAGACUGUCCUUUUUCU